UCAUCACUAGUGUGCCUCAAACUGAGGGUUCGGAUCAGAGAGGUUGAGUUUUUGUCUGCAUGAAAUGCCAACAGCGGACUGGUUUUAGGGUUUUACCAGGGUCAGCAAUGCCUGCCACAUAAUGACACACUUGCUUGCUCCGGACACCAUCAACAGUAACCCCUCUCUCUCUCUCUCUCUCUCUCUCUCUCUCUCUGUUCAAUUGUGGUGUGAGGUAGGUGAGGAAUAUGAGGAGGGGAAAAGUGGAGCAGAAAAGCAGAGAAUAAUGAUUCAGGGGAGAAAGAAAAGCAUGAUGAGUAACUCACUGACAUCGCAAACCGAGCCCUACUCCUGCCCCUCCUUCAACUAGCAGGGACAGCAGAAAUUACAGAUAGAACAAAGGGGAGUAGAGGAAGAAAGGAGUGCAAACCCUCUCCUUUCUGUUCUCUAGACCUUUUUGUUUGGUUGGUUGGUUUUUGCCAGCUGAGUUCGUUUGCUCUUUAGCUUUAGAGGUUUUGUUGAGUUAGAUCUUGAGGUUUGUGGAAGACUUUUGGCAAGCCAACAGAAAAAUUGGAGCUGAUGGUUUCAUGGCGGCGGCCAGUGAUCGGUGCUCUCCUCUCUGUCUGAUUUCCUUCGCCAGAAGCCAAACGAAGCAAUUGUGAGAGAGAAAGCUACAGAUCGAGCUAGAUGAAAGCACCGGCCUUUUCGUCGUCGCGGCCGCAGCAACAGCCAGGCCCGCCGUCAGCGGCUGUUUCACAGUCCGCUGCUCCUCCCAAGAAGAAGAGGAACCUCCCUGGAAACCCAAAUCCCGGCGCGGAGGUGAUCGCAUUGUCGCCCAAAACCCUACUGGCGACCAGCCGCUUCGUCUGCCAAGUGUGCGGCAAGGGGUUCCAGCGGGAGCAGAACCUGCAGCUCCACCGGCGCGGCCACAACCUGCCGUGGAAUCUGAAGCGGAAGAGCCCGGACGAGCGGCGGCGCGUGUACCUCUGCCCUGAGCCGACGUGCGCCCACCACGACCCCUCCCGAGCCCUCGGCGACCUCACCGGCGUCAAGAAGCACUACUGCCGCAAGCACGGCGAGAAGAGGUGGAAGUGCGACCAGUGCUCCAGGCGCUACGCCGUGCUGUCGGACUGGAAGGCCCACGCCAAGAUCUGCGGCACCCGCGAGUAUCGCUGCCACUGCGGCAUCCUCUUCUCCAGGAGAGACAGCUACAUCACCCACAGAGCCUUCUGCGAUGCACUGGCGCAAGAAAACGCGAGGCUUCCUCCAGUGACCGGAAUCAGCGGCCACUUGUACGCAAACAAAGGCGUAAGCUACCUCGGCCUCCCGCAGUUCAACUCCCAUCUCCCGGCCGCCGGAGGUAGCACCAAUACCCACGAGCAAUCAUUCAACGUCGACGCCCCUCACCUCGACACCGCCUCCUUCCGGCCACUCCUGCGCUCUUCCCAUGGUCAACCCUACCUCGCCGGCGAAGGCAGGCAAGAAUGAGGAAGAUCAGAGUGGCGGCGGCCAUCUCGUGGGACCGGCGCCGGGAGGAGGCAACGACGCCACCGCCAUGUCAUUACUCCUCGCCAGCGAGAUAAUGGGCCACCAAGAAGUCGCCGGCUUCAACAUGUCGAUGACGCCAUCGCUCUACGGCCCCGGCCCACCGUUGCCGCAGUUGUCGGCCGCCGUGAUGCUCCGGAAGGCUGCCCAAUUGGGUGACACGUCCAGCUUCACCGGUAUCGGUGGUGGACCCCUCAGAAGCAAUGAGAGGCAGUACCAAAAGACCAUGAAUUCGCUGGGCGGCGGCGAGUUCGCCUCCGACCAUCUAAUGGCUGCUGGCGGGUUCCGCCUGGCAAUGCAACCGGACGACGUGGAGAAGGAGAAAUUGAGCACAAGGAACUUCCUCGCGUCGGCGGCACCUUGAACGCACUGGGCGAUCAUACCUCCGGCGACAACUCCGUCGGACAAAACUACCGUCAAGGAAUCAAUCUCGACUGAGAUGCAUAUUAUUCAUAUUCCACGGCUUCCAAACAGACCUCCACAAAAAUCACCACCAUUAACAGAAAUUUCAUCCAACCGGAGAUCGAUCGGUGACGGGAGAUUGCAGCAAGACUCAGUUAAUCACUGUUUGUCAGGUGGUAUCCUCGUUAAUAUAUAUAUUAUGUCAUCUUUUUCUAAAAAACA